GACAGCCAUUUGUCUGAAAUGAUGGAUAUUGACAUGGACUACGAAAGACCAAAUGUUGAAACCAUCAAAUGCGUGGUUGUCGGGGAUAAUGCGGUGGGCAAAACCCGUCUGAUUUGUGCAAGAGCCUGCAACACGACCCUGAACCAGUAUCAACUGCUGGCGACCCACGUACCAACGGUCUGGGCAAUUGACCAGUAUCGGGUCUGCCAAGAGGUUCUUGAACGAUCCCGUGAUGUAGUUGACGAAGUGAGUGUUUCUCUCAGGCUCUGGGACACCUUUGGAGACCACCACAAAGACCGACGUUUCGCUUACGGAAGAUCUGACGUGGUGGUGUUGUGCUUCUCCAUUGCUAACCCUAACUCCCUGAAUCAUGUGAAGACAAUGUGGUGUCAAGAGAUCAAGCACUUCUGCCCUCGGACCCCUGUGAUUCUAGUGGGCUGCCAACUGGACCUUCGCUAUGCCGAUCUGGAAGCUGUCAAUCGAGCCAGGAGGCCAUUGGCAAGGCCUAUCAAGAAGGGAGACAUCCUUCCACCAGAAAGAGGCAGGGAAGUUGCUAAAGAGCUUGGUAUACCCUAUUAUGAAACCAGCGUCUUUGACCAGUUUGGCAUCAAGGAUGUGUUUGAUAAUGCAAUCCGAGCAGCCCUGAUUUCCAGGAGACACUUGCAGUUCUGGAAAUCCCAUUUGAAGAAAGUCCAGAAACCUUUGCUCCAAGCUCCAUUUCUACCUCCAAAGGCUCCUCCCCCUGUUAUCAAGAUCCCAGAGUGUCCCAUCCUCAAGAUCAACGACGUGGGAUACUUACUGGACAAUCCCUUGUGUGCAGAUGUGCUGUUUAUUCUUCAGGAACAGACUCAGAUUUUUGCUCACAAGAUCUACUUAGCUACCUCUUCGUCCAAGUUUUAUGACCUUUUCUUAAUGGAAUGUGAAGAAACACCCGACUUGACUGAAAGCUUUUGUAGUAAAGGUAGCAAUCUCCCCGCCAGAACCUGUAGCCUUGAAGCAGUUGAUCAGGGAGCUGAAGGGGCAGCUGCAACACCUUCUGCUUCGACUGAGGGCCUCCAGGUGGAGCCUGAAGCAGGAGAAGCCACCUGCCCAAAACAGGGUCCAACGCUCUGGGGCAAAGGUUUCAUAAGCCUACAUCAAGAGAUGCAGAUUAACCCCGUUUCGAAGAGGGUCUGUGCAGUGACGGUGGUCAAAAUGGAGGCUUCCAUCCAACCGGGACCUUUUAAAACCGUCCUACAGUUUUUAUACACCGGGCAGCUGGACGAAAACGAAAGGGACCUCACCCGGGUAGCUCAAAUUGCUGAGAUCCUGGAAGUGUUUGACUUGCGGAUGAUGGUAGAAAACAUAACCAACAAGGAAGGCUUCAUGAACCAGGAGAUUACAAAGGCUUUCCACGUCCGGAAGGCUAACAGAAUAAAAGAAUGCCUCUGUAAGGAGACAUUUUCUGAUGUGGUAUUCGUGUUGGAAGACGGAAAGAUAAAUGCUCAUAAACCACUUCUAAUCUGUAGCUGUGAAUGGAUGUCUGCAAUGUUUGGAGGAUCCUUUGUGGAAAGCUCGAACAGUGAGGUUGUUCUCCCCAACAUCACUAAGACUUCUAUGCAAGCCGUCCUGGAUUACCUGUACACCAAGCAACUGUCCUGCAGCCAGGAUCUGGACUCCCUUGAAUUAAUUGCCCUGGCCAACCGAUUCUGCCUGCCCCACUUGGCCGCGCUGGCAGAGCAAUACACGGUGCAGGCACUCACCAGAACAGCCGUGAGCGGUGUUUGCAUAGACGGAGAAGUGUUGUGUGUUUUGGAAAUAGCCCAGUUCCACAACGCUAAGCAGCUGGCCGCUUGGUGCUUGCAUUACAUCUGCACUAACUAUAACAGUGUUUGUUCGAAGUUCCGAAAGGAAAUAAAAAUGAAGUCUCCUGAUAAUCAGGAAUAUUUUGAGAAGCACCGCUGGCCUCCGAUUUGGUACCUAAAGGAGGAAGAUCAUUUCCAGCGGGUUAAGAAGGAGCGAGAGAAGGAAGAACUGGCCCUCAAUAAACAUCAUUCAAAAAGGAAGUGGUGCUUCUGGAGUUCCUCAACUGUAGUUGCCUGA